AUGGCAACAGUGGGCAUAGCUCCUCUUCCAGGGGCAAGAGACUCAACUGGUGUUGAUAAAUUACCCGAAGAGAUGAAUGACAUGAAGAUUCGUGACGAUAAAGAAAUGGAGGCGACUGUUGUAGAUGGAAAUGGUACAGAGACUGGCCACAUUAUAGUGACUACUAUCGGUGGAAGAAACGGCCAACCAAAACAGACGAUCAGCUACAUGGCCGAGCGUGUUGUUGGCCAUGGAUCUUUUGGUGUUGUGUUCCAAGCGAAGUGUCUUGAGACAGGAGAGACUGUUGCGAUAAAGAAAGUUCUACAAGAUCGGAGGUACAAGAACCGUGAGCUUCAAACCAUGAGGCUACUUGACCAUCCUAAUGUUGUGUCUCUCAAACAUUGCUUCUUCUCAACCACCGAAAAAGACGAGCUUUAUCUCAAUUUGGUUCUUGAGUACGUCCCAGAAACGGUUCACCGUGUUAUCAAACAUUACAAUAAACUCAACCAGCGAAUGCCUCUCAUAUACGUUAAACUUUACACGUAUCAGAUUUUUAGGGCCUUAUCUUACAUUCACCGUUGUAUUGGCGUGUGUCAUCGCGACAUAAAACCUCAAAACUUGUUGGUAAAUCCACACACUCAUCAAGUAAAACUAUGUGAUUUUGGAAGUGCAAAAGUAUUGGUAAAAGGAGAGCCAAACAUCUCCUACAUAUGCUCGAGGUAUUACAGAGCACCUGAACUUAUUUUUGGAGCAACUGAGUAUACGACAGCCAUUGAUGUCUGGUCUGCGGGAUGUGUUCUUGCUGAGCUCUUGCUUGGACAGCCCUUGUUCCCUGGUGAGAGUGGUGUUGAUCAACUUGUAGAGAUCAUCAAGGUCUUGGGAACGCCUACGAGGGAGGAAAUCAAGUGCAUGAACCCUAACUACACGGAAUUCAAAUUUCCUCAGAUUAAAGCUCAUCCAUGGCACAAGAUAUUCCACAAACGCAUGCCUCCGGAAGCUGUUGAUUUGGUCUCAAGACUACUUCAAUACUCUCCCAAUCUACGAUCUGCUGCUCUCGACACGUUGGUCCAUCCAUUCUUUGAUGAGCUAAGAGAUCCAAACGCACGUCUACCUAAUGGACGUUUCCUUCCACCGCUUUUCAACUUCAAGCCUCACGAGCUGAAAGGUGUGGCUGUGGAGAUGGUAGCUAAGUUAGUACCUGAGCACGCGAGGAAGCAGUGUCCUUGGCUCGGCUUGUGA